AUGGAUGCCCAGGGAGGAAGAUGCAAAGGUAUCUUUUUGAGACCAAUAAUUUAUAAUAAACGUCAGAAGGCACUUUUCUCAAUGGUAUGGAACGGCUUACGCAUUAAUGUCUGGACUUUUUCUGAUGCUACUUUCAAGAUGUGGAAUUUUAUUUUUUUUCUUUGUCUUUGUUAUUUCACUAAUUAUUAUUAUUAUUAUUAUUAUUACUCUCUCUUUCCCUCUGUGAUUCCACGACCUGCUCUUGCUGGAAAGGUGGUACGCGGCAUGUAUUCUGAACGAGGGCUGCCCUCUGUUGAGCCACCACCUCUGUUUCCACUUGAAAAGGAUCGGCUUUUUCCAUGUGAGCUGGCAGGCAAUGCGGGCGUUAAUGGUAGUGUUGAUGGGGAUAUACGUGUGCCCGACACCACGGUUCUUCAACGGCACUUCAAGGCAGGUGGUGUCCUGCAGGAGGCUGACGCAAUUUGGCUGAUUGAAACCGCUAGCGCGUUGUUUGCGCAGGAACCUAAUGUUUUGCGCUUGGAGGAUCCUGUUACCGUGUGUGGUGACAUACAUGGACAGUACUACGACCUGCUGACGUUGCUAGAACUUGGUGGGGAUCCGGGCGAAACGCAAUAUUUGUUUCUCGGGGACUACGUUGACCGGGGUAUUUUUUCCUGUGAGGUGACACUUCUUCUCUUUGCCUUUAAAAUUCGAUAUCCAAAGUCUUUUUGGAUACUGCGUGGAAACCACGAGUGUCGUCAUCUUUCCUGCUGCUUUACUUUUCGUGAUGAAUGUUUGCGUAAGUACGGUGAAGCCGUGUAUGAUGCAUUUCAGCUAGCCUUUGACCGGCUGCCUUUAGCCGCUCUCGUGGCGGCAGCGUUCUUUUGCGUCCAUGGAGGAAUUUCGCCGUACAUCAAGACAAUCCGUGAAAUUGACGAUAUUGAGCGGGUGCGGGAGCCACCGAUGUUCGGCCCCAUGUGUGAUCUUCUGUGGUCGGAUCCCAUGGAGGAAGAGGAGGAGCAGAUGUGUCCAGAUGCAUUGUUUUUGCAUAAUGCGCUGCGCGGCUGUUCUUUUUUAUACUCCAGUAGUGCGGUGGAGGAAUUUCUUACCUUGAAUGGCCUCCUCAGUGUGAUUCGCGCACACGAGGCGCAGAACGAGGGGUUUCGUUUCUUUCGGAAGGUGGGAUCCACGGGGUUUCCUUCAGUUAUUUGCAUCUUUUCCGCACCUAAUUAUUGUGACGCAUAUGACAACAGGGCAUCUAUUUUAAAAAUUGAACGCAAAACGCUGCGAGUGAUACAGUUUAUGGCUGCACCUCAUCCUUAUUUACUUCCCAACUUUAUGAACGCCUUCACAUGGUCUCUGCCUUUUCUCUAUGAAAGGCUGGUGGGCAUCAUACGGUUUCUAACUGCAGGCGAAGAGGAGGAAAUGAGUUAA